AUGUUAAGCGCUGAAUAUUGGGAGUUUGUGACUCCUUCCAAGUAUGAGACGCUCACCGAGAUCAUAAACACGGCUCGGGAAAGAGAAAUUGAAUUUAAAAAGCAAAUUGAACGAGGUGAACGAAGGGUAGUGGAUGUUAACCCAAGCCCUACAAAGAAGGCUCGAACGACUGAGUCGGUAAAGAAGACGGAUGCGAAGGGUGGGUCACCGAGUUGCAAAGUAUGUGGAAAAGGGCACAAGGGUGAGUGCCGCUUCAAAGACAAACCGUGUCCCAUAUGCGGGAAGACGGGGCACACCGCGUCAUUAUGUCCGGGAAAGGUCUCUGUUUGCUACAAGUGUUACCAACCGGGCCAUAAGAAGUCUGAAUGCCCGGACUUGGUUGAGAAGAAAGACACCAAAGAAUCUCCAACAGAAACUCAGAAGGCGAAGGCCAGGUCCUUCCAACUAACAGUGGCUGAAGCAAAAACAGAACCCGAUGUGGUCUCAGGUUGUAAGUUGAGCAUCGAUGACGAGGAAUACUCGAUAGAUCUAAUCUCGAUGUCGAUGGGUGAGUUUCAAGUAGUUGUUGGGAUGGAUUGGCUAUCCCGACACCAUGCAAAGGUCGUGUGUUUCUAUAAAGAGAUAAAGUUAACAUCUUCGAGCGGAAAACAUGUUACCAUCUAUGGCGAGAAAGGAGGCAAUCCUGUAAUAUGUUCAAUGUUAAAAGCUCAUAAGCUCAUGAGGCACAGAUGUAGAGCAUUUAUGAUAUACACGAAUGAACCUGGGAAAGAACCGCCGAAGAUUGGAGACGUACCGGUGGUACGUGAUUUCGAAGAUGUGUUUCCGGAAGACUUACCGGGAAUACCGCCCGAAUGGGAAGUAGUGUUCGGAAUCGAAUUGGUUCCAGGCGCGAAACCUGUAGCCAAGGAGCCGUACUAA